GGAAAGGGCAGAACCCGGAUCCAAACUGUUGAUGGCGCUCCCAGCGUGGCUGGGAUCCACCUCAUUCUCCACUACGCUUCUGCCCACGGAUCGCCGAGGAUCCUCACCCAAGCUCGCUACACCACAAAGACCCUUGUGGACCAGGGUUUCGUUUCACCCGAUGAGGACGGCAAGACGUUCCACCUGGCAGCUUACAACCUCUUCCCUGUCAAACAUUCGUACAAUCUCACAUCUCGUGGCCUUCACUGCACCCCUCUAUCUUCAGACGCUCAGAGCAUACCCUACCCUCUGGCCAUUUUUGACGGAGUCAUGGCGAAGCGGGUGCGUCAGCAGUUGGAAUGGAUUCGGGAGGGCCGCCACAACGUUUGCUUGGUGUUUGGCGAGGACGGGAGGCGAUUCGUGCAAAUGGUCGCAGAAGCGGGCAGCCAUGAAUCUGUUGGUUUCGCGUGGACGGCUCCUGCCCUCCGCCCCGAGGAGUAUGGAGGUGAUGCACCGAUAUGCCAUCUGCUUCAAAGACUGGCAGAGGAGCAAUUUGUAGCCUCAAGAGACAUCGAGACCCUCUUGAAGCCUUUCCCUGCCCUCGCUAAGGCCUACUGUGAACACGACCCGACCAGAAGACAACAAGUCAGCAUCGACAUGCGCUUCAUGUACGACCCUGUUAUCGCCUCGGGUGGUACCCUCUUCAUCAACGUGGUCCAUCCUCAACGGUCAGACGAGGUCGACAACCCGCCCCAUGUCGUCCAGCAGCUGGACUUUGCGGUGUCUUUCGUCAAGAGUCUGGUUCACGGAGCGAGUACAGCUCCAUUUUACUAUCAGAAGCAUCACGACAGGGUCGCCUAGGAGAGUGGAAGGCGUCGCGGCAUGCGUCUUUUGCGAGAUAGCCUCACGAGGGAGACGCAGGAGAUGCACAGACUUGAAUGUGAGGCGUAUG